AUGCAACAUCCCGAAAUGUAUCCUGGGAACCUUGACGUCAUCAACCAGUCGGCCGAGAUGGCAAGAUGGCGGGUAGAGAAUGAGCAGAAGUAUUACUGCAACUACUGCCAGGUGGACAUAACGACGUUACGGGUCAAAUGUGCAGUCUGCAAUGACUUCGACCUUUGUUUGGAGUGUUUCUCGAGUGGUGCAGAGUUGGGCAACCACACAAGAGAUCAUGACUACCAAAUUGUGGACCAGGGGAACUUCUCACUGUGUGAGUCAGAGUGGACAGCUCUGGAGGAACUGGCUGUAUUGGAGGGGAUCGAGCAGUAUGGGUAUGGGAACUGGGAGGAGAUUGCAGACCACAUUGGAAACAAAACAUCCCAAGAGGUGAUAGAAUUUUACCAGGCGAGGUUCGUCCACGGCAACCUGGGCAAGUCGUGCAUUCCAGAAGAGUCGCCGUACAAGGUGGUGGACCACACGUCUUCCAAGGACGGCCCCCUGUCCCCCAGCCUGUCCACCCCACCCCAACCCCCCGCAGAGCUCACCCUACAGGAGCAGCAGGAGCUGGGCUACAUGCCCCUCAGGGAUGACUUUGAAAGGGAAUAUGAUAAUGAGGCAGAGAGUAUGGUCAGCACACUAGCAGUCAACUAUGAUGAUGAUGAUUUAGAAACAGCUUUGAAAUUAGCCCAGGUGGACAUGUUUUUACGAAGACUAAAAGAAAGGCAAAGAAGAAAAAGAAUAGCAAGAGAGUAUGGACUUGUAGGCAUCUUCUUCAACAAACAAAAGCAGCAAGCCAAGAGAAAAUUGUCAAAAGAUGAAAAGGAACUACGGGACAGAAUGAAAGUAUAUUCCCAAUUCCAUGCCUCAGAGCAACACGAGCAGUUCUUCGAAAAUCUCCAAAAAGAGAAACAGAUGAGGAGUAGAAUAAAGGAGCUGAUGAGGUAUCGAAGGAACGGCAUCACAAAGCUGGAAGAAUGUUCAGAAUACGAAGCUGCCAGGUACAAAAGGGAAAAGAGGAAAGAGAACAAGAAGAAAAUGGCUUCCUCAGCUGCAUCUAAGAAAGGUGGAGCCCUAGCAGGUGGGAAGAAGCCAGAAGAAAAGGAAGGAAAGAAAUCAGCUGAUGAGAAGGACAGUGGCUCAGACAGUGAGAAGUACCAGGGCAUCAAGUCGGCGCCCUGCUUUAACCUACUUUCUGAGAGGGAAAAGACGCUGUGUAGUUCAAUGGGCAUGAAUCCAGCCAAAUACAUGACUGUCAAGACCAUCAUAAUAAAGGACCAUGUGCAGCGUCGGCAAGGCAUCCCCACCAAAACUCGCUACCCACAAAACCUGGACAAGCUGCACCGCAAGCGAAUCAUCAGCUUCCUGGCCGACAGUGGCUGGAUCACUGUGGGGUAGGGAGGGUGGGGAGGGGGGCAGAUCAUCACGCAAAUGGAGCUGGAAAGGUUCUCACACCUGUGGAUGUAGGGUGAUGGUAGAAAAGAUUUAGACUUUUGUACUACACUGUGCAAUGUGGUCAUGUGUGCUAUAGUAUACUUAUUGCAAAAAUACCAAUACAAUGUAUCAAUAUGUCUCAAAAGGACCAAUGUCUUGCCACCGUUGCUUACAAGGGCAGGUAUUGUGUCCAUCCAUGAAGAAUUUUAGGAGCCUCAACUGCAAGAUGAUUCUUAAGAUAAAGCACUUUUAACGCGACCAGUCUUUCUCACCUGACAAUGUAUAACUUGUCAGCUGCCAUCGUGCAUAACUAGUUGUUUCCACUAGGUGGCAUUGUGGCAAGGUUGUGGUCCUGACUUACCUGAUUUUUAUUGCCUGUUGAUAUGACAUAAGAUUCAAAUGAAUACAGUAUCUGUCAUCGUGACAGACAGUAGGUGUACUCAAGUGCCUCUUAUUGUGAUAGCUACAAUAGUCACCAGUGUGUGUGCCGUCAGCCUGACAGGUAUGGUUCAUUGGCCUGCAAAAACAGAUCUAAGCCAGAAAGACAGGUUCAGUUAUCUGCCAUUGUAAAGAGAUGUGUCAUGUAGAUCAUGUACUGUAGGACGUGUUGAUGACAACUUAAAUGUUUCAUUAUGUACUCAUCUGUAGUCAGUGUAGGUUAGCAUGCUUCCUGACUUGUAAAUGUAUUGCCAUGCUACUUCUCUAUGAGAAGAAGGCUCACUAAGGAGACGUGAUUUGGGGGAUGAUUUUUAAAACUAUCCAUGAAAGUCCUUCCGUCAAAAAAAUGUUGCCAUCACCAGUUACGAUCUAUUGUUUAAAACUUUAUGACGGUUAAAUGUUGCUGUCGGUAUGUGUACAAAUAGUUUAGGGCUAGCACAUGUACAGUUUCUAUUAUGCGAUUGCUGUCAAAAGAGGCACAAAAUCGAUCUCAUGGCUGUAACAGCAGUGCAAGGGGGCCUCUCUAGAAACCUAGCUUGCAUUCUUAGUGUGCCCUUUGAUAAUUCUUUUGGAUCCAUUCAAAGCAGAGCAAUUUAUUUCUUAACAUGUAGCGAAGGCAAUUUCCUAUGGUUAAGCCAACUUUUUAGAAUUAACUGCAGAAAAAUCUCCUGUUCAGAUGAAGAGAGACCCUACUAAAGUAGUUGAAACCUGUGCACUGUCAAGACGUUUUCAUGGUGCUUGCCUGAUACUCAUCUUGCUAGGUGCAAAUUUCAGCAGUUUUAGAUGUAACUAUGUAAGCACUCAGAUACAUACGAUGCCUUCAAAGGCACUUCAACAUGUAUGUGCAUUUUGUUUGCGUGGAAAUGUGUAAAAAAAUGCCUUUUUACUGACAACCUUCAUAGAAAUGUCAGAAGAAAGUCAUUAUAAUCAUUCCUCCCCAACCUUUGAUGUCAUUCUAGAAUAUAUGAGUCCAGUUUAUAGAUGGAUUCCAAAUUUGUGGUAUAUUUUCAGUGUUGACGGGGAUAUUGUGUGAUAUUAGAAAUCUUAAGUUAUUUAGCGAUACUCAGGAUGGAAUUUUAUAUGUUCUGAAUUUUUAAUAUCAAAUGGGCUGAAAUGUUGUCUGCCAUACAUCUUAUGAAGAAGAUAUGCUUAUUUAUUGCAAUUUGUAAUGAUUCAAUGUAAUUAAUGCUAUGCUUAGUGUGAAAUGACUUAAGCUUUGUACGUGUGCAUAGGAAAGUGUUUGUUAUAAUACAGAAAACUAUGUUAUCAA